AUGUUACUCCUGUGGUUGGAUACCUUUGCCAUGGGUCCUUCAACAAGAGCGGCAAUGUUUCGAAGCCGUCAGGACGUGACUACUUGUACUAUCGAUCAGCUGGAAAGGUUGUUCGUAAUGCGAAGGCUGAACAUGAACGCCCAGCAUUUCGAUAACAUGAAAAGUUCUGAUGAGAGAACUAAUGGGGAUUAUGAUAUUGAGGAAAAUGGACAAGACCGUUCAGCUGUGAAAAACAUAAAAACAAUUAUUCUAUAUAUUUUGACCGAUGGAACGAAAGAGAUUGGGAAGUUCAGUUAUGUUAAAAAUGGAAAGAGGCCUACAGUUACUGUGACGGUGUCCGGCGAUGACUUCUUCAAUGUAGCUAAUGAAAAGCCGAACUCACCGAAGGCAUUCAUGAGUGGAAAACUCAAGGUGAGAGGAAAUGUGAUGCUUCUACAAAAACUACGGACAAUUCUGGAAAAGAAGAGGAAGUCGAAGCUCCAGUUGUUGACGCUUCUGAUUCGUUAA